CCUUAUGAGUACGUACCUAAGGAUAUAUGAAUAGGUUCAUUCCGUGCCUCUCGAUGAUUAAAAGACACCUACUUGACCUACAGAUUCAUUUUUCACAAAUCUGAUACCAACCAGCACAAUUGAUCUCAUCAGCCAAGUAUUUCAUCACGUCAUGGCAUCCCAAGACUAUUCAGCGCCGUUCACCCUCUAUACAUACACCUGCUCAAUAUGCGCCAUCAUGGUACAGAUGACUUACGAGAUGCGCGGAUCUCCUCGCGAGGGAAGACCAGACCUCAAGUUAGAGCGGAAACAAGUUGACAUUGGCCCCACCGGUCGUGAGCAAUUGUCCGAAUUCUACCUGCUCAAAGUCAACCCGAAAGGGACUGUUCCCGUACUUGUCAACGAGAAACUCCUCGACAAGCCUAUGCCUGAGAGCGUCGAUAUCUCGUAUUAUAUCGCCGACUGGUAUCCCAGUUUGCUCCCGCCUCAGCACAAGCAGGUGAUCCAUGAACUCAUGGAAGAGUUGCAUCAGAUUAGCUACAAGCUCUUGACCUUCGGUACUCGGACGAAAUUUCCAGAAGUUGCCGUCAACUGGAUGCGCGAACGGAUUAACCGGACGGAUAUCUCGGACGAAUAUAGGAAGGCCUUAGAGUACAAGGUAGGACUAACGAAGGGAUGGGCAGACAAUCAUUCCGAGGCCGACCUGGCGCAAAACGAAGACAGUACGCGAGCCUUCUGUGCUAAGAUCGUCGCCCUGAUGGAGAAGCGCCCUGAGCAGAAGGACAAGUUCACGUACAUCUUCGGACCUGAGCCGACAGUGCUAGAUGCGCACGUGGUAGUGUUUCUCGGGCGACUGUAUGACAAGGGAAGACUUGAUCUUCUUCCGCCGACUUUGGUCCGGUGGCACGAGCAGCUCAGGAAGACAGACAUGUGGAAGCGAGCCGUGCCAGCCGGAACAACUCUCCCGCCGAUGUCGUAGAAGAAAAAGAAAGCUUACAAAUGGCCAUCUACCUCGUGUAUAUCCUAUGUGAGUACCUACCUAGACACCCUUCGCCGCUUCACAAUGAAAGGGGGAAAUGAAGAGUCUAUUGGUAACGUU